GAACGCGCAAAAUUUGAAAGUUACCCGGAAGUCCUACAACGAUUUCACUGUUAGUAAUGUUUUCCUUUCACGUUGGAUUUAUUUUUACUCGCCUUUUAACGUUUUAAUUGACGCUGAAUGUAACCGUCUGCUUUUACAGAUAUGCUGAAGUUUAAAUAUGGAGGACAUGGCAGUGUCAAAGAACUUGCCACAUUGGACCCCAUCACUAGCCGCUGCUCUCGCCUCAAUCACCUGUUACAGGGAAGGGGCAGUGUCCAGGCACUGUCCGGCUGCAGUGUUACCCGUGAGGGGCUGCUGGAAGCUCUGCUCUUGCUGUACCAGGAGUGCAACUCUCCUGAGCUCAUGAAGAUCAAGCAUGUUGCAAAAUUUGUCAAUAAAUUCUCUGAUGUGGUGGCGGAGUUGCGUGAGCUUCAGCCAGGCCCGAGGGAUUUUGAGCAGCGGGCUGUUGUGGGGCGGGGUCACUUUGCCGAAGUGCGCGUGGUCCAAGAGAAAGCCACUGGGGACAUCUAUGCCAUGAAGGUCAUGGAUAAGACAAGCCUGCGCAGUCAGGAAAAUGUGGCCUUCUUUGAGGAGGAGAAGGCGAUCCUUGCUCUCAACUCCAGCCCUUGGAUCCCUCAGCUCCAGCAUGCCUUUCAGGACAAAGAGAGCGUCUACCUGGUGAUGGAGUACCUGCCUGGUGGAGAUCUGAUGGCGCUGAUGAACCGCUACGAGGAGCAGUUUGACGAAGCCAUGGCUCAGUUCUACCUGGCCGAGCUGGUCCAGGCCAUUCACGCCGUGCACCAAAUGGGAUACGUGCACAGAGACGUCAAGCCGGAGAACGUGCUCAUCGACCGCACGGGACACGUCAAGCUGGCGGACUUCGGCUCGGCCGCCAGACUCACCGCCAGCAAAACGGUCGGCUCUGCCAAGCUUCCCGCUGGUACCCAGGACUUCCUGUCCCCGGAGGUGCUGGCUUCGCUCAGCGGGGGGCAGGCGAGCUACGGGCCCGAGUGUGACUGGUGGUCCCUGGGGGUCAUCGCGUACGAGAUGAUCUACAUGAAGUCCCCCUUCACCGACGGCACAGCCACCAAAACCAUCCACAACAUCAUGAACCACCAGCGCUACCUGAAGUUCCCCAAUCAGCCGAAAGUGAGCAAGGCGUUUGUGGACCUGGUGCAGAGCCUGCUGUGUGGGGCCAAGGACAGGCUGGGCUACGAGGAGCUGCGCUGCCACCCUUUCUUCUCCACUGUGGAUUGGACCUGCCUCAGACAGGUGCUCCCCCCAUUCGUUCCUUCGCUCCGAGCCGAGGAUGACACCUCCAAUUUUGAGGACCCGGAGAAGCCGCCACCCCGGCCGCUGGCUGCCCAGCGAAACUCCCCGCCAGCGGGCUUCCAGGGCCAGGACCUGCCCUUUCUAGGCUGGUUCUUCAGCAGGACGCUGACUACACUGGCCAAAUCGGAAUCAGUGUCUGCAGGCCUGAACUCUCCUGCCAAGACCAACUCCAUGGAAAAAAAGCUUCAUCUAAAAAGCAAAGAACUACAAGAAACACAAGACAAAUGUCACAAGAUGGAGCAGGAGAUCUCGCGGUUUCAGCGUAAGAUGACGGACUUGGAGUCAGUCCUUCAGCAGAAGGACGUGGAGCUCAAGGCCUCCGAGACUCAACGCAGCAUCCUGGAGCAAGACCUCGCCACCUACAUCACAGAAUGCAGCAGUCUGAAGCGCAGCUUGGAGCAGGCGCGGGUGGAGGUUUCUCAAGAGGAUGACAAGGCCCUGCAGCUGCUGCAUGACAUCCGCGAACAGAGCAGCAAGCUGCAGGAGAUCAAGGAGCAGGAGUACCACGCCCAGCUGGAGGAGAUGCAGGUGACCAUCCGGCAGCUGGAGGAGGACCUGUCGGCGGCGCGGCGCCGCAGUGACCUGUACGAGUCCGAGCUCCGCGAAUCCCGGCAGACCAGCGAGGAGCUCAAGAGGAAGGCAGCGGACUACCAGCAGAGGAUCCAGAAGGCUAAGGAGCAGGGCAGGUCAGAUGUCGAGGAACUGCUCACCAAGCUUGAAAAGACUAAUGCUGAGCAGCAAGCGAAAAUUCAAGAGCUCCAAGACAAACUCUCCAAAGCGGUGAAGGCGAGCACCGAGGCCACGGAGCUGUUGCAGAACAUUCGGCAGGCCAAGGAGCGUCUGGAGCGCGAGCUGGAGCGCCUCCGCGGCAAGUCCGACCCCAGCGACACACUGCGCAGACGCCUGCGGGAGACCGAGGAGGGCAGGAAGACCCUUGAGAACCAGGUGAAGCGUCUGGAGAUGGUGGAGCGCAGGGAGAACAAGCUGAAGGACGACAUCCAGACCAAAUCCCAGCAGAUCCAGCAGAUGGCUGACAAGAUCCUGGAGCUGGAGGAGAACCUGCGGGAGGCUCAGGGCACCACUCAGCGGAUGGAGGCUCAUCUUGUGCAGAAGGAGAGGCACUAUGAGGACAAGAUCAAGGUUCUGGAGGCCCAGAUGAAGGCGGACAUGGCGGAGAAGGACAGCCUGGAGUCCAAACGGGCCCAGCAGGAGGAGGAAGCCCGCGAGAAGUGCAAACUCAUCAGCGAGCAGAAAGCGACCAUCAAUGCCAUGGACUCCAAGAUGAAGAACCUGGAGCAGCGCAUCGCCGAGCUCUCCGAGGCCAACAAGCUCGCCGCCAACAGCAGCAUCUACACCCAGAAGAACAUGAAAGCUCAGGAGGAGAUGAUCUCGGAGCUGCGUCAGCAGAAGUUCUACCUGGAGUCCCAGGCGGGCAAGCUGGAGGCGCAGAACGCCAAGCUGGAGGAGCACCUGGAGAAGAUGACCCAGCAGGAGCAGACCAAGAAGACCCGGCUCAUCGAGCUGGAGACCCGACUCCGAGAGAUCGGUCUGGAGCACGAGGAGCAGAAGCUGGAGCUGAAGCGGCAGGUGACGGAGCUGACGCUGUCGCUGCAGGAGCGCGAGUCGCAGAUCAGCGGGCUGCAGGCGGCCAGACACGCCCUGGAGAGCCAGCUGCAGCUGGCCAAGACCGAGCUGGAGGAGACCACGGCCGAGGCCGAGGAGGAGAUCACCGCGCUCAGGGCCCACAGAGACGACAUCCAGCGCAAGUUUGACGCUCUGCGGGAGAGCUGCUCGGUGAUCACGGACCUGGAGGAGCAGCUGACCCAGCUGAGCCAGGAGAACGCGGAGCUGAACCGGCAGAACUUCUACCUGUCCAAGCAGCUGGACGAGAUGAGCGAGGAGCGCGAGGAGAACCUGCAGCUCAGCCAGGACAUGGACCGCCUGCGCCGCGAGGUGGCCGACCGCGAGAUGCACCUCAACAACCAGAAACAGAACAUCGAGACUCUGAAGACGACGUGCAGCAUGCUGGAGGAGCAGGUGGUGGAGCUGGAGAGCCUGAACGACGAGCUGCUGGAGAAGGAGCGGCAGUGGGAGGCCUGGAGGGGCGCGCUGGACGACGAGAAGAACCAGGCCGAGAGGCGCACGCGCGACCUGCAGAGGCUCCUCGACAACGAGAAGCAGAACAGGUUGCGUGCGGACCAGCGCAGCUCCGAGUCUCGUCAGGCGGUGGAGCUGGCGGUGCGCGAGCACAAGGCCGAGAUCAUCGCCCUGCAGCAGGCACUCAAGGAGCAGAGGCUCAAGGCCGAGAGCCUGUCUGACACCCUGAAUGACCUGGAGAAGAAGCACGCCAUGCUGGAGAUGAACGCUCGUAGCCUGCAGCAGAAGCUGGAGACGGAGCGCGAGCUCAAGCAGAGGCUGAUGGAGGAGCAAGGGAAGCUGCAGCAGCAGAUGGACCUGCAGAAGACCCACAUCUUCCGCCUGACCCAAGGCCUCCAGGACGCGCUGGACCAGACCGACAUGCUCAAGACCGAGAGAACCGAUCUCGAGUAUCAGCUGGAGAACAUCCAGGCUGUGUACUCCCAUGAGAAGGUCAAAAUGGAGGGCACCAUAUCCCAGCAGACCAAACUCAUUGACUUCCUGCAGGCCAAAAUGGAUCAACCCAGCAAGAAGAAGAAGGGGGGCAUCUUCGGGCGGCGGCGCGAGGACAUGGUGUGCCCCAACGGGAACGGCAACGGAGGCGCAGUAGGCGGCGCGCCCGUCCAGCCGGCCGUGCCCAUGCAGUACGGCGACAUGAAGGCGGCGCUGGACAAGGAGCGCGCGCGCUGCUCCGACCUGGAGGAGGCGCUGCAGAAGAUGCGCAUCGAGCUGCGCUCCCUACGCGAGGAGGCGGCUCAUUUCAAGGCCCAGGAGCACGGCGUGUGCCCCGCCACACCGGGCGCUGCCCGUCAGCAGAUCAUCAUGUCGGCCAUCGUCAAGUCCCCCGAGCACCAGCCCAACGCCAGCGGCCUGCUGGCACCCAGCUCCACGCGCCGCAAGGACCCCUCCACGCCCGAGGAGUACGGGCGGCGCGUGAAGGAGAGGAUGCACCACAACAUCCCGCACCGCUUCACCGUGGGGCUCAACAUGCGCGCCGCCAAGUGCGCCGUGUGUCUGGACACCGUCCACUUCGGACGCCAGGCCGCCACCUGCCAGGAGUGCAACGCGCUGUGCCACCCCAAGUGCUCGCCCUGCCUGCCCGCCACCUGUGGCCUGCCGCCCGAGUAUGCCACCCACUUCAGCGAGGCGCUGUGCCGGGACAAGGCCAACUCGCCCGCCCUGCAGGUCAAGGAGGCCAGUGGGCACGUGCGGCUCGAGGGCUGGAUGAAGCAGCCCAGGAACGGAAAGAGAGGCCAGCAGGGCUGGGAGACCAAGUAUGUGGUUCUGGACGGGACCAAAGUGUCCAUCUAUGAGAGCGAGCCCAGAGAUGACUUGGUGAAGCCUCUGGAGGAGUUUGAGCUGUGUCUGCCUGAUGGAGAUGUGACUGUGCAUGGAGCAGUGGGAGCUUCAGAGCUCAUCAACACCGCCAAGUCAGAUAUUCCGUACGUGCUGAAGCUGGAGUCCCACCCCCACACCACCUGCUGGCCCGGUCAGUCUCUGUACUUCAUGGCCCCCAGCUUCCCAGACAAGCAGCGCUGGGUGGCUGUCCUGGAGUCAGUGGUGGCCAGCAGCCGCGGCACCCGAGACAAGGCCGAGUCUGAUGCGGCAGGUGCUGUUAAAAGGCAGAAGACACUUUCUCCACUGGUCCAGAAACUGCUGGGUAAUUCUCUCCUGAAGCUGGAGGGAGAUGACCGAUUGGACAUCAACUGCACCUUACCCCUCACCGACCAGAUUGUGAUGGUGGGCUCUGAGGAGGGCCUGUAUGCGCUGAAUGUCAUUAAGAACUCUCUGACCCACAUCCCUGGACUGGCCUCAGUCUUCCAGAUCCAGAUCAUCAAGGAGCUCGACAAACUGCUCAUGAUAACAGGGGAGGAGAGGGCGCUGUGUCUGGUGGACAUCAAGAAGGUGAAGCAGUCUCUGUCCCAGUCCCACCUGCCGGCCCAGCCGGACCUCUGCCCCUUCAUCUUCGAGACAGUCAAAGGCUGCCACCUGUUCGCCUCGGGCAAGAUUGAGAACGGGCUCUGCAUCUGUGCUGCCAUGCCCAACAAGAUCACCAUCCUGCGCUACAACGACAACCUCGGCAAGUUCUGCAUCCGCAAGGAGAUUGAGACCUCAGAGCCUUGUAGUUGUAUCCACUUUACCGGCUACAGCAUCAUCAUCGGCACCAAUAAGUUCUACGAGAUCGAGAUGAAGCAGUAUGUGCUGGAGGAGUUCCUGGAUAAGAACGACGUGACGCUGGCCUCGGCCGUCUUCGCCGCCUCGUCCCACAGCUUCCCCAUCUCCAUCAUCCAGGUGUCCUGCGCCCCGCAGAAGGACGAGUACCUGCUCUGCUUCCACGAGUUCGGUGUGUUUGUGGAUGCUUACGGUCGCCGCAGCCGCAACGAUGACAUCAAAUGGAGCCGCCUGCCUCUCAGUUUUGCUUACAGGGAGCCAUACCUGUUUGUGACCUAUUUCAACUCCUUGGAUGUCAUUGAAGUCCAGAGUCACUCAGCCCUGGGGCCCCACUCCUACGCUCACCUGGACAUCCCCAACCCGCGGCACCUGGGCCCGGCCAUCUCGUCCGGCGCCGUCUACCUGGCCUCCUCCUAUCAGAACAAGCUGCGCGUCAUCUGCUGCAAGGGCAACCUGGCCCAGGAGAACGCCGAGCCCUCCAAGAACGGCUCCACACGCAGCCCCAACAAGCGCGGUCCUCCCACCUACAGCGAGCACAUCUCCAAGCGCCUGGCGGCCAGCCCUGCCAUCCACGAGGGCCUGCACCCGCCGGGCACGCCGCACCGCUACCGCGAGGCGCGCACCGAGUUCCGCCACGACCACUCGCCGGCGCGCGGCGUCCUGGAGCGCGAGAAGUCGCCGGGCCGCGGCGCCGAGCUCAGGCUGGAGCGAUCGCCGGGCCGCGGCAUGGACCCGCGCAUGGAGCGCUCGCCCGCCCGCAUGGACGUGCGGCGCGAGAGGUCGCCCGGGCGCACGGCCUUCGAGGAGCGCCCGCGGCUGCACGCCCAGUCUGGCCGAGCGCCGCUCACCACCGUCAACAAGGUAUGGGACCAGUCAUCAGUCUGAGUGACAGCACACCUACACCAAUCAGAGGAGAGGGACACAACUUACGCACCACUGAAAACACUACUAUACAAAUGCCAAAUCAGAAGAGUGAGACUGUCUGUAGAUUUAACCCCACAGGGUAGCAGUCCAAACCCACAGCACAAUAUCUCCUUUGAAAGAUCCCGUAACAAAAGCGAAGGCAAAACAGGAGGCUAACUUUGUUUUGCUUUUGGCCCAAAGUAGACACCUAAUCCUCGGGCCGGUUACUUAAGUCAUCCGGCGUCCCAAAUCUGAAAGCAAUUUAUUCAGUGACAUGAGAAGAAAAAGGGAAUGAAGCAGCUCUGGUCCUCAGCUAGCUAUCUCUGGGCGGGUUACUUUCCUCUCUGCCUCUCUCUCCCUCUUUCAUCUCUUGUUUCUUCAUCUCUUCUUUCUCUCUCUCUCUCUUCUCUCUCUCCCUCUCCUCUAAUUCCUGACUGAGCUAUUGCUUUGAAUCUGGCUCUCUGCGCUACCCACAAUCGUCAGCGGCAAAUCCCCGCUGGCCUUUUUGGAAAGGAGAAACGAACUUUGUAUAACUUCAGGAUGUCAUUUGACUGUACAUACUCUAACUCAACUUUUUAUAGAGACUCUAAGGGAAUAUCAGGCUGGUGAAGCCAUAAUAACUAUUUUUGUUAUGUAAAAGAGAAGAGAUAAAAAAAAGUACACAUGAGAAAUCGUGUUUGUAUCGUGCCCUCCUUGAAUGUCGAAACGUAAAUAUAAACCACGUAAAAUGUCCAAAUGUUUGCUUCAAGUGGAACAUUUUGCUUGGAUGCCAGCAGGUUUAUGCACUCAUCCUGUACAAGUGACAUAAUGGCUUUUAAAAAAAAAAAAAAUGAAACUUGAACAUUUAUAUCAUUUUUAUUUUGCUACAGGCUCCCUUGACUGAGUUUUAACUUACUAUCUAUAUAUGUUUUUUUAUUAUUAUUAUGUUGAUGUAAGAGAACAAAGAUGUGGUCUGACUUAAGAUUGUUAACUGUUAGACAAAAAGAGCUUGGAACAGUUUUGAGCGCGAGCCGUCGUCUCUCGGCGAGCUCCAGCAUUCCGUCCUCUCGAUUCGGGAGCCAUGGUAACCGGUAAGCCUCAGGACCCCGCUCCUCUGAAAGUGCCGAAGUGCCACGUACCGCGACCGCCCCCGAAAUCUAGUCGGCAAGUCCCCAGUACGCUUCACUCUUUGUAGCAUGUAGACGGAACGGCUCUAGAGACACAAAAGGUUCCCCAUCAGCCGUCCCUCCACCUUAUUUUACGUUCCUUCUAACCACCUUAUCCCACCUUUCUUCUAUAUGCACUUCCUCCAUUGUGUUCUUAAUAAUGCCGAUGUCUAACAACCGCUGACAAAAUUGAGCUUUCCUUGUAGAUUUUUGUUUUUUUAAUUGUUCAAAAAGCAUCAAACAUGAGUACUAUUAAAAGAAUCUCUAUUUCA